CCUUGUAGGAACACUCUUCUGUCAUAGUGGAAAACGCGUCUCUUCGUUCUUCGUUCGAUGUCUUCAUCUUUUUAACAGAAAGAAGAUGUUGCCAGGUGGUGGCAAUCUAAAUCUGUCGGGAGGGGAUGCUAGCGACCUUGAAAAGCGUCAGAUAAGACAAAACUACCGGUCCUUGAUUGAAGAACUCAACGCCAACAAAGAGGAUCUUAUCAACCCGUCUUCUGAUGCUUUGGACGUUCAACUCAGCAAAGCUGAAUUAUAUUCCAAACCUGUGUUUGGAUCGACCAACAUUCGAACGCGAGAAGCUGCUCUCGAUUCUUACGCCCUGAACCUAAUCUCUGGCCUCGGCAAACAGAAAGCUCAGGCCCUCAACACAGAGUUUAUCAGGUUCCAACCGUUGGAGUAUACCGACAAACUGAAGAACAGUCUAGGUUCGGAACACUUGGAGUCGCUCGAUGGAGAACGUAUGGUUGUGUCUCGAUCCGGGUGGAUCACCAUGGGACAGGACUGUAGCUAUUUGUUCGCCCGUUUCACCCCUCUGCAUCUUUUAUAUGGUUCGUUUGAUCCGGGGGUCGUUAAAAUGCAGAGACACAUCAACCGUAGACCACGAGACAAGGAAAAUUCAUCGGAAAAGGCGACCGUUCCGAAACAGAUAUCGAAAUUUGGAGAUAUUGAAAAAAACGAAGCGACUACAGAGGAGGUAGAACGAGUGUUGAAAUGUCUUCGGGAUUACCACAACGCUGAAGGUAAAGAACCAAUCUGCUAUUUCCGUUUCGUUGUCAACCCGGAUUCGUUCGGCCAAACGGUCGAAAACAUCUUCCAUGUUUCGUUUCUGGUGCGCGAUGGACUUGCUAAAGUUUACCUGGACGGAGACAAUUUACCGGUCAUCGAACCGGUGGGUUUGGAGGAGAAUAAAAGCCAAGAAAGCACGAAGCGAACCCGUCAGUGUGUGAUUUCCAUAUCUCCGGCUGAAUGGCGGGCAAUUAAAAAAACCUUCGACCUCCGAACUGCUAUGAUACCAUCAAGAGCGCCUCUUGAAACGAACAGAUCCCAAAUUACUGCUGCUACCAUUCCUUCUCCUACCACAUCAUCGACCACAAAAACAUCAUCAUCAUCUGCGACAGGUAGAAGCAGAAGAUAGUCACAAAAAUUAGCAUUAACAGACUUCUUUUUUUUUUUUUGUAUUAUUGUUUUGUUCUUUAAUUUUUCAGUAGUGACAUUUUAUUAAUGGGUCCAAAGACUGCACCUUAAACUCCUUUGCAAAAGGGAUGAACAGCUCUGUGUCCCACUGUUUCCCAUCUUCUCCAAGAUAUUCUGAAUUUUUAGGUGGGGCCUCUACAAGAAGGACAUCAUUUGUUUUUUUUGGUCCGCUAUAAUUCAGAAACUGUUGCUGUUUUUCUGUUUAUCAUCAUUCUUCUUUCUCUGGUUACAGCCACUGGACUGUGCAUAUAUAUAUGCUAUGGCACUGCCUCCUCCGAGGGUUUAUCUUGUUUUUUAAUCAAUUAUAUUAAUUCCCAGUACUUUAUUUCAUUCUGUCUGGUGUCUUUUUUUUUUGUUUUUAAAUCAAUAUUUGUCGAACCGCUAGGCUAUACGGGACAGACCUAAAUGAUAACGAGGAUUUUGUGUUGGUCGGUGUAAACUUUAAUUUCAUCGAUUUCGGGAGGCGAAAAAGACAAAAUGUAGAGUAACAAGGCGUAAAAAGACAAGGAACUGAGACGGGCCAAAAGAAAUCACCAGAAGACAUUUCUAUUCGAUGCCAAUGUAAACAUACACGCACGCACACGUUCAUCUGACUCACUUCCGCAAAUUUCCUUGUCGAAUUCUUUGAUUGAAGUGGGGUGUAGAAGACAUCCACGUGCUGAGAAGUGGGCUAGAACCCUUCCCCACGUCGUUUGCGAAGCGAACUACAUCAUACCAACUUUGUCCCAGGCUUGUUAUUACUACGAUGCAAGUUCAAAUCCCACCUAGCUUAUAUAAUAAUCCCCCUUUCUUACGUAUGUUUAUAAAAUAAGGUCACGAACAGGUGUCGAUAUAAUUGAUUUGUGUAUUUGUAUAAAAAAAAGAACUCAUUGUUGUUAUUAUGCGAGUUAAGGCGACGAGCAAGCAGAAUCGUUAGCAUGCCGGAUAAGAUGCUUAGUGGUAUUUCGUCCGGCUUCGCGUUCUGAGUUCAAAUACCGCUGGGUUCGGCCUUGCCUUUCGUCCCUUUCAGUUGAAUAUUGGGGGGUCAAUGUAAUCGAUCUUCUCCCCCUCCCGAAAUUGCUGGCCUUGUCCCAAAUUUUGAAACCGUUAAAAACGCGAGUUUAGAGCGGCGAGCUGGCAGAAUAAUUAGUAUGCCAGCCAAAAUGCUUGGCAGUAUUUCUUCCGGCUCUUUAUGUUCCGGGUUCGAAACCCGCCGAGGUCGACUUCGCCUUCCAUCCCUCGAGGGUCGGUAAAGUAAAUACUAAUCCUGUCCUGGGGGGGGGGGAUCAAUGUAACCGACCCAAGCUCCCUGAUUAUAACGUGAGUUCAAAUCAUGCCAGGGCUCUCUACUCAGUGUUUUAUCCUUCCGAAAUCGAUAAAAUCAUUGGACCUAUCAAAUUCUGUCGACUGUCGUCACCACUGUGGCCUUGUGUAUUUGUUUAACAGUACCAACUUAUGUAGAGUCGGUUCUGUGGGUGCUAUACUAUUUAUUCAUGGGCCGUUUUAGUUUCCUUGAGCCCACAAAUAAUUUCGUUAUAUUUCGAUGAUGGUUGGAGCUUCAGUUUUGGUAUCAGGGCCCAUGAGCACAUGUUUAUGAAACAGCCUUGCCUACCUCAGACAUUUAUUACAGGUGAGUGCCAUUAAACCCACCGCUGGUCUAAUCUUAUAGUUAACCCCUCCUAGUGCCGCCCUUUCUAGAAAGGCAUGCCAUUCAUCCAUACCUCUGGAAAUUUUUAUUCUUGUACUCAAGUCUUCAAAAAAAAAAAAUAUUUUUAUUAUAUGGUGGCAAAUUGAUAGAAUGAUGGCGGACUUUUAUUGAUGUGGGCUUCAGAUCUGAGUUCAAAUCCAGCCAAAAUAGAUUUUAGUUUUCAUCCUUUCAGGUCAGGUGAUCUGAAAAUAAGCACCAGCCAAGUACUGAGGUUUGAUAUAAUUGGCUAUAAACCCUCAGAUACAUAAUUUUUGGCCUUGUGCCAAUGAAAUAAAUUAUUGUUAUUAUUGUU